CUCAGCUCAGCUCGUGUCACACUGUCACAUGUAACGGUGCGCGUCGCGUGACAGAGACCAAGUUAUUUUCCAUUUUUGCUUCGUACCUCUAACCUCUACUCCUUCAUUCUUUCUCUGCCAUGUUCUCCAAAGCUCUUUUAGCUCAGUCAAGGACGCUCUCCGUAUCGCUGAAGGCCCGUGCUUCACUUUCGUCGCUGGUACUGUUACGCCAUGCAAGCCCCGGAAAACUCUCGAUGCCAUUGCAAUGGCAGCGGGCACUAUCAACGUCGCUAGCGCUGCGUAAUGACGAGGCAUGGCAUGGCGACCGGGACUCAAAGCCAAGGGGUUUUCGGCGAGCCACUCCGCCUUCGGGAACAAUUUACAUUGGGAACCUCCCAUAUGCUAUUACCGAAGAAGAGCUGCGGCAGUCGUUUGCAGAGUUUGGGGAGAUCGUACGGGUAUCUUUGGGCACCACGCCGGAAGGGAUGAGCCGCGGGUUUGGGCACGUUCAAUUUGCCAAUGUGGCUGACGCCAGUGAGGUCAUCAAGGCUGACCAGGAGGACCCGAUAUAUAUCAUGAACCGUGACAUCUACCUUGACCAUGCGGCACUCCAGCAGCCGCCUGUGCUCGAACCUUACCACACGCUGUACGUCCGUCCGUUCGGCGGUGCAGAGGACGACUUGCGUGAGGUAUUCAGGGACUUUGAACAGUCUAUCGCGGAUGUGAGAUUAUUGAGGGACAGGGAGACCGGGGCUUCAAAGGGAAGCGCGUUUGUAGAAUUCAAGAAUGUCGAGGCCGCUACAGAGGCGCUUGAGGCCAUAAAUGAUCAAAAGGACCCUUCGACGGGUAGGCCGGUCAUCCUCAGAUAUGCAAAGCCUUCUCGUCUCGACUCCACCUCUGACUUCAAGAGCAACCCGGAGGGGAGAAAGCGGAGAUUCAACCCGAGGGACAACCAAAGGGAGAAAGGGUCUCGUCGCAAAAAUUCAUACGGUGGUGACUGGCAGGGCUCGCAGCGCACGGAGGAGUAUCGCGAUUCAUAGUGGAAUGGUGAUCAUCUAGGUUUAUUGUUGAUUAUUGUGGUACCCGUUUCCUGCAUGUUUGUUGUCCGCGCAUAUGUCAGCUCAUCGUUAAUCAUAUCUCAUCGACGUUAUGCUCGUUGCCUCAUUUGGUCAACCUUCUCUCAGCUUUCUGACUUCGACACUUUUUAUGAUGUUCCCCUUUCGACUGCCUGCCUUUGCUCUCCCAGACCUCCUGUAAGUUCGCCCUUCUGAAAGAUGGUCGAUGUCUUCUCACUCAAGACUUUUGGUGUUGGGAAAGAAUACGCGACACGUCAAGAACACGUGCUAGUUAGUGUUUGUGAUGG